AUGGAAGCUAACAUAUUAGAUCUUGCAAGGCUAAUUACGACAUUAACUGUUCAUAUACAACGUAUCAGACCUAACAAUGAACUGAGAAAACUGGCUGGUAAAUUUUCCAAAAUCUCCUCGGAGAUUAUGCUCGAUGGACGUCAUCUCACAGAACUUCAAUCUCUCGUCAAUGCUAUUUCACAAUACCAAGAUGAAUCUGAAGUAUUCAAAAUUGCGAUUGAACUUGUCGAAAAAUUAGCAGAUCAACCAAGUGGCAAUCAACGUAGUGACCGCAGUGAUCGAUUAACUUUGACACCCGCACCCUGUCCAUUUACAUUCACCCGAAGUGCUUCAGAGGCAAAAGAUUUUAACAAAAAUGUCACUUCUAUGACCGCAGCAUUAAGGAAUGAACUUUAUAAAAAUGUAAUUGUGGAUCUGGACAAUUUCUGGACGGAGCUUUUCCUCGAUAAAUGCCCGAUGAGGGGUACUGACAACGAUUACCAGGCCGACUUCCUCACAAAGAGAAUCGGGUCUUCCAAUGCUCAAAGUAAGGUUCAUCAAUGGAGUGAUGUGAGAGUACUGGGUGAAUUUACGAAAAAGAAAUCUUCAGGUCAAAGGAACGAAAAGUUUUAUCAGCUAUCUAGACUUGCUCUCCAAGUGUUUUACACACAGCCACUUCGUCAUUUCGUACAUGGAUUUACCGCGUUCAAAUCAAAUUUUGAACUGUGGGUGUUUAAUCGCUCGGGCGCAUAUAGCUCGGGCUUAUUCAACAUCGAAGACGAUAAAGAAAAGCUAGUGAGAGCGAUCUGUUCAUACCUUUUGAUGAGUGAUCAAGAACUAGGUAUUGACUCAUCUAUUGAAAAAGUUAAUGGACGCUCUUCGGUAUCAAUUUAUGAUGAGAAACAGAAGGAGACUAGGAAGUUUGACAUUAAUCCGAAUCCUUUUUUCAUGGUGGGUACCAUAGUCACUCAAAUCGACUUUUUGCAACAUGCCCAUGGAAUAGAUGGCGUAGUCGAGUAUGUCACGGCAGACAUAAUCUGUACCAUAGGUGAUCAUCUGAAGAACCUCAACUUCAGCAAUGCGAAAUAUUUGAAGAUGAUGGACUGCAAUCCUCUUAUCUGCAUGGCUGAAGGUGUAGAGGUACCUCGGACUCCCCAGUUGAGAGAUCGAGAACUUCGCAGAAUAGUUAUCUCACCUCGUGGCCAUAGUCUUCGUUCCAGUAAAACGAUUAUGGAGUUUCUUGUUGGCAUCCGAGACGCAAUCGUGGCACACCGCCGUCUGUAUGUCGAAAAGAAAAUACUUCAUGGUGACAUCUCUGACGGUAACAUCAUUCUAGCAACUGUAGGUGGUAAAACUCAAGGGAUAUUGAUCGAUUUGGAUCACGCCGAAAUGGUCGACCCACCACCAGGCAAAGAUGACAACUUGUUCUUGACUGGUACUAUGCAGUUCAUGGCACUUGAGAGGCUACAAUCCGCUGCAAAUCGUGGGGAAACCAUAGCUCGCACGUUUCAUCACGAUCUAGAGUCGUUCUUUUAUGUGUUCAUUGUAGGAUGCAUAACAUAUGAACGCAAAAAGAAUUCAAGGGCGGUGAUUGGACUGCAGAUGUGGCACACUGACAACAUCCAGAGUAAUUACGAUAUAAAGCAAGCAGCUAUUUCGAGAUUUAAAGAAAAAAUUCUCGAUAACUUCUCCACCAAUUUCGUAGUCUUUAAGGCUUUAGCAUCUGAACUCCGAACGAUACUAUUUGGAGAGCUUGGAGAUGAAUAUAGCGCCCCUGAAGAUUAUGAAGCCGAAUAUGAGAAGAUUAUUAAGGCAUUCAGCAAUACCAUUGAAGAUCUAAGAGGUAAGAUCAAUCAAUUACUACACAAUUACUACACAAUCACUGUUCCCUUAAAUGAGAGUCUAGCUAACAUUCUCAAUUAUUUAGAUGGGACAAUCGAGAAUAAAUUGUUGGCUAGAGGAACAUCAUGA